AUGUUAUUACGAUAUUUUCCCAAACAAUAUGCCCAUUUCGUGCAUCCAGCACUACGGCCACUAGUUUUAAGAAGACGUAAGAGGUUUAAAGUCAGAAGGACACAUUACCAGAGCAUUCUAAAUAAAAUGAAAAAGAUAAAACCUCUUCCGAGGGUUUUUCCUUUUUAUUGUGAGAUUUGCACACUCUCAUCCAGGUUUACUCAUGUCAUCCGUGAUCACGCAUGUUCCAAAAGAAAUGAAUCAAAACACGUCUUGUCCUUUGAAAAUGAAGUCCGAAUAGUAACCAUCGGUGCCAUCAGCAAAUCAAAAGAUGCUCAAGCUGUUAUGGAAAGAAUUCCGAAUCCACAAAGAAUUGAUUUCAAAGUUCCGAUUAGAGUGUCUCAUGAACUCAAAUUCAGAGCGGAAUAUGGAGUUCCCUCCUUAGUAAACUUAUGUAUGAGGAUAACAGGCUUGUCCGAAAUCGAAAAAGUCAUUCCCACAGACGACGUGUUCGAUCCUUUACCCGUAAAGCAAAAUAUCUUCAAGGACAGGACGUCUAGGCUAGGCUAUAUAUGUACAGCAUGUAAAAAUAUGUUUCCAACUUAUUCGGAUUUCGAUGAGCAUCUCACUGAAACCGAUUGUCAUAGUAAAGCAGAUGCAGAAGUGUUGGAGCCUAUAGAAAUAGCGAUGAAUAUGGAUCGAGUGCCGGGUUACGGGUAUGGUUGUAGGGCUCUCAAAACUUUCGAUGAGCCCAAGCAAUUAAGGAUAUGUAGUGGUUGUCAUUGCGAUUCCUUCAAAAACGACGAAGCAUUCCAUAAUCACAUAUUCGAAUGUGCAAAAUUCAUUUAUAAUCCAAAACAUUUAUAA